UUGCUAUUAAUUUCCAUUCAACAUAAUGUUGCUAUCAUAACAGAUUGAGACUCUUGACAUCCGCUCUGCUGAUCUCAGUGAACGUCCCUCUGCAUCACGUGAUCUCGCUCAGUUCAUCCGUAAGAUGACUCAUCUGAAGGACCUGACGCUCCGCGGUCAGUAUCACGAUGAUUUCUACUCAACAUCGUCAUCGAUGGCAUCAUCUUCAAAGAUUGAGACUCUUGAGAUCUACUCUGCUGAUCUCCCUGAACGUCAUCUCAGUGAAAGUCAUUUCAGUGAACGUCAUCUCAGUGAACGUCCCUCUGCAUCACGUGAUCUCGCUCAGUUCAUCUGUAAGAUGACUCAUCUGAAGAACCUGACAAUCAAGGGUCCGUAUCACGAUGACUUCUACUUAACAGCGUCAUCGAUGGUAUCAUCUGCAAAGAUUGAGACUCUUAAAUUCUUACUGGAUCUCUUUGAAAGUCGCUCUGCAUCACGUGCUCUCGUUCAGUUCAUCUGUAAGAUGACUCAUCUGAAGAAGCUGACACUCCACGGUCAGUAUCACGAUGCCCUCUACUCAACAGUGUCAUCGAUGGCAUUAUCUGUAAAGAUUGAGAAUCUCGACAUCGACUCCGUUGAUCUCAAUGAACGUCCCUUUGCAUCACGUGAUCUCGCUCAGUUCAUAUGUAAGAUGACUCAUCUGAAGAACCUGACACUCGGCGGUCAAUAUCACUAUGCCUUCUACUCAACUUCGUCACUAAAGGCAUCAUCUGCAAAGAUUGAGACUCUUGAGAUCUACUCUGCUGAUCUCAUUGAACGUCCCUUGGCAUCACGUGAUCUCGCUCAGUUCAUCUGUAAGAUGACUCAUCUGAAGAACCUAACACUCAAAAGUCAGUAUCACGAUGACUUCUACUCAACAUCGUCAUCGAUGGCAUCAUCUGCAAAGAGUUGUAACACGAGCCCCACCCUGACUGAGCUGACAGUGGAAGAUGACACACUAGAAGGAUGGCAGGAUUGUGGUUCAGUGUUUGACAAUGUGAAGAGGGUCACUAUACAGGUACGGAGCACGAUCAACUGUGACGUCAUCCAGAGGAUCCAUCUACCAGGAGCAACAGAACUCACCAUUCAAGCAGAUGUGUAUGCACCUCAACCGGCUGGCUUCCACGAGGAGCCCACUUCACUACCCAAUGCCCUACUGAUGAUCUCCCCUCAGCUUGUCAAGGUAACAUUCAGCGAUCUGGACAUUGGCAACAGUAACAUGGAACUAAUCUUACAAACUUUCAGAUCACCUCACAACCUCAAACAUCUGAAGAUUAUCAGAUUCAUAAGAUGCGGGUCAGAUGAGGGCGUGGAUGAUGUCAUACUUGCUUGCAAUAAAGAUCAGGUCAUGGAGGUGGAGGUGGAGCGUGGCAAACCGCGUCGUCUUUUAUUUGAUUAAUCGUAGAGAUGGCACCACACUCGAUCUGACGAAUCAGACGGAGCAGACAAUCUUUGCACACAAACAGGAAAUAUGGGCUGAAAUGAAAAGUGCCUCAAUCAUCAUCCCUUUUCUUUUACCAUUGUCAUGCAAUCGAUUUCAGUAUUCAUCCACUGAAUCACGUUGACAUUAAUAUGAUUUAGACGGAUGUGCAAUAUAUGCUUUACAUCGGUAUUGCAGCUCUUGUGAUUGUGAUUUUGAAUUCCCUUCAUAAUGUUACUCUUACUGUUCUUGCAUUUAAUAUACUUUAAAGGGUGUUAAGUGGAUUUACACGCUGAAAAUCUCAAACCUUGUAAAAGGACCAAAAUGUUGUAAAAUAUCAUGAUUGAAAUUUUAUUAAAUGUACGAUGGAAAAAUAUUCAUUAUUAGAAAAGUAAAUAAGUAAUAAUUCUAUUCGAAUUUGAAUUGUGCAACUAGCAGUGCUUUACACACCACAUUUGCUAUGUAGAGAAUGUACACGAUAUUGUAUGUUCCUAGAGUAUAUAAUAAUAAUAAUAAUAAUAAUUAUCUUUUAAAGUCCACUCCAAAUUUUAUUAAGUUAAACCAAAAAUGGAAAUUCUUUUUGCCCAAUUGAUCGUGAGCCCGGCAGCCACUAAGCAGCGCCAGAUCGACG